ACCGGGGACCAGCAGCGGGGCAGCCCAAGGUUGAUCGACUUUGAAGCUGAUUUUCCGCUUUGGAUGCGCUUCCCGUCGUCCCGUCGCUCCAUGCGAUGCAACAGCCGCCCUGUCUCCAGUGUCGAGGGGGGGUGGGAAUCUUAACUUUGGAUGCAAGAGGUUGGGAUAUAAAUAAUGCGUGUUUCCUUUCCUUUUUUCUUUUUCUCGUCUCGUCUUGUGUGAAAUCCUUCCUGUUCUUUUCUUCUCUGUAGACUAUUUUCCCAUUUACAUGGCCGACGGAAAUCGCAAAGACAUCUACACCACGCGCAGCACUACCCCUACUCUAGUCUAAUACACGAAAUACGAAAGAACCAACAAGGGCAUCAUGGUUGGCCUUUUGGCAGGAAAGCUUGCGGUGGUGACGGGAUCCUCUCGUGGCAUCGGAGCCGCCAUCGCCAAGAACCUCGCCGCCAAGGGCAGCAACCUGGUGCUCAACUACACGAACCCCUCGUCCGAGCCCCUGGCCAAGGAGCUCGCCGACUCGCUCGCCAGCAAGCACGGCGUCAAGACGUACGUGGUGCAGGCCGACCUGGGCACGCCGACGGGGCCGGCCGAGUUCGUGCAGCGCAUCAAGGACCAGAUCGCCGGCGGCAGCAGCAGCAGCGGGCCGCUCCAGAUCGACAUCCUCGUCAACAACGCGGGCGUGGCGCUCAACGACAAGAUCACGGACCUGACGGUCGAGCAGUUCGACAAGACGUACCGCGUCAACGUCCUGGGCCCCCUGCUCCUCAUGCAGGCCGUGGAGCCUCACCUGCCGCGCGACCGGACGGGCAGGGUGGUCAACCUGUCGUCCGUCUCGAGCACGUGCGGCUUCGUGGGCCAGAGCGUCUACGGCGGCACAAAGGCGGCGCUCGAGGCCAUGACGCGCACGUGGGCGCGCGAGCUGUCGGAGCGCUGCACCGUCAACGCCGUCAACCCGGGCCCCGUCAUGGGGCCCAUGUACUCCUCCAACACGGAGGAGUUCAAGGCCGGCAUCAAGGGCUGGAUCGAGCACACGCCCCUGGCCCGCCCCCGCCCGGGCAUCGACAGCCAGGAGCUGGUCGACGACGCCCCCAGCAGCGGCGGCAGGCCCGCCUACACGGACGAGGUCGCGGGCAUCGUCGGCAUGCUGUGCACCGAGGACGCCGCUUGGUGCACGGGGCAGGUCGUGUGCGCCAACGGGGGCAUGAUCAUGCUCCACUGAGGGAUGGAUUGCGCCGACUUCGGAGAGGGCUUUGUCUGUUGCCCCACCGUCUUGCUUGUAUAUAUACAUACUUAUAGCUGAGGAGAACCGGGAAGGAGCCGUGUUUGGACUGAGCUCGAGUGCAUUGCUCGUAGAGGGAUAAGUUGGUUGAUGUCUGCUUCCAAUGUAUAUCUGCAGUUGAUGUAAACAGCUUCAUGGCCAAUGUGGAACAACCAAGGUGCACACUGAUGAAAUUGCAUGGCUGAAAUACUCGGACCAUAUCACGUGGCUCCGUGGCAAUCCACGCCAAAUCCUGCCCCUCUCACUCAAUUCUUG